GCGACGAUAACAGCGCGAUUACGUACCCGGCCGGUCGUACACGGAGGCUUAUCACCACCGCCGACGAUGGCUACGGAUACGCAACGCACCGUUACACAUCGCACGAAAAUGAUAACAACAACAAAAAUUACACAAACAUAAUCACAUUUAAAUUAACAUCAACAACUCUUGCACAAAGACGAUUAAAAAAACCGAGAACUUAGUCUCCUUGUCUAAAACGAAAAACAUUGCUCUGCUGUUAGUGUUGAGUCUCGAUUGUAGCUGGUCAUAGAGGUGACGGAGAUAGCAGCGUAACAAAAAGACUUCACGAAAUUUCACCAUACGGCCGCCAUUUUCACAUUAAAAAAAUUGAAUGUCGGAAUCACCUGAUGCGUAAUUAUUGUUCAAAACUGACCGCGUUAUCUAAAAUAACUAAAUAUUCAUUGCGAGUUCGUAAAUAUUUAUUGAGCAAUAUACAACGAUUUAGGAGUGAUGUCACAAAAUCUGUAAAACAUUGGAGAAAUACUAAUGAUACAAACAAAGCUCAAAAAAUAAAAGGAAUUCAAAAAGAUUUGGCUAAUGCUCCAUUCCAUCGAUUAGGACAACAUACAAAUUGCGAUUCCUAUUUUUGUAAUGGUUCUAAUCUACAGAAUACAUUAAACUUAGUUCCUAAAGCAGAAAAAAAUGGAAUCAUGAGUGAAAUCCAAAAUAUAAUGUCCAGAUUAAUUACAAACGCCGAAAGUUUACUCGAAAAUAAAAACAAUAAUAUUUGUGAACAAUUUAAUUCUAUUAUAAACAAACAUACUGGUGGCAAGAGAGUUAACUUUUCUGGAAGAAGAAGCUACAAUACAAGGGUUGAAGCUGCCGUGAUAGAUUUCAACUCAAAAAACUUUUUACGACUUAUACAUAAAAAACAUUCUAAUGGCUUUAGUCCUGGAACAUUUGGGAAAAAGUUUAUCAACAACUGUCAUAGGAUAAGAUCAAACACAAUAAAAAGACGGCAGUUAUUUCCAGAAACACGAAAAGUACCAAAAAAUAAGACAAGUGGACCGGAUGCUGAUUAUGGUAUGGCUGAACCACUAUUAGAAACACUAUCACCAGAACAAAUGGAAAUUAAAAAAAUAGACUUUCUUGCUUCGUUACAAAGAGCUAAUGUUGAACAAAUAGAAAUAGAUACCAGAGAACAAAGUGAGUGUGAUAAAUGGUUUCAAGAGCGAAGAAUACGUCUUACUGCAUCUCGGUUUGGUCAUAUCUGCAAAAUGCGAAAGACCACUAGUUGUAAAAAUUCAGUGUAUGAUAUACUUUAUGGGUCAGAUAUUCACUCCAAAGCUAUUCAGUAUGGAAAAGACAUGGAAGUUGUUGCAAGAAAAAAAGCUGAACGUUUUUUAUCUAAGACAAUAUAUGCAUGUGGUUUAUUUGUGGAUAAAGAAAUAGGAUAUUUAGCAGCUAGCCCAGAUGGGAUGAUAGAAGAUACCACAAUAGUAGAAAUUAAAUGUCCAUUUGUAGCUAGAGAUAAUAUUAGCGUAGUUGAAGCUGUACACAAAAAACUUCUUCAACAUUGUUUUAUUGAUCCGUCUACUCAAGCAGUACAACUAAAAAAAGAAAGUGUAUACUACUAUCAAAUUAUGGGACAGCUUUAUAUAACUAAAAGAACUAAAUGUUAUUUUGUUGUAUACACUGAAAAAUGGCUACAUGUACAAGAAAUAUUUUAUGAUCAUUCUUUUUGGAAAUCAAAAAUGGAGGAAAAGUUAAAAACAUACUAUAUGAAAUGUCUGUUACCAGAAAUAAUAGACCCGAUGUAUCCAAAACGGUUGCUUAAAUCCGAUAUCAGGGAACCAGAUUAUAUAUGCUAA